GGCUCAGCGUCUUGCUCCUGCCGGGCGGGCGCGGAGCUCCGUGGGCCCCCCGCGCGAGGGCCCCCUCCGAGUGGUUCCGGGGUUAGGGUUCACGGGUCAGAGUUGACUCCCUGAAAAGUGCAGUCGCUCUGAAAUGCAAGAUGGCGGCGGCGAGGCGCUGAGGCGCGGCGGCCCCUGCAGGAGAAGACUGCUAGCUACUUUGGGACUAUCUGUGAUGAUGGCCUGAGCCAAGUACCUCAUUUGAAGGGAUAACCUUCUGCUUUAAUGAACAAAAUGCUGGGGAAGCUAUGGCAGGUGGUUGGAGUUGUGCUUCACACAUUUCAGCCGCUCAGCAGCGUUUUAUCUGCCAGCUAAGCUUGUACUUGAUUGCACCAUGGAAAUGCUACUAAAGAGACUUGUUGAGCACAAAAGUGGACUUGAAGAGCCAGAAGCCACUGUUUUCCAAUGAAGGAUUCCAGUUUUAAGCCUCAGUGCUUUUAAAUCACCACUGAGAUACAGCCCCCCCACCCCAAUCAAAAUGGCAAGCAGACGAAAAUCAACAACACCUUGCAUGGUCCUUGCCAGUGAGCAGGAUCCAGAUCUUGAGUUGAUAUCAGAUUUGGAUGAAGGUCCUCCUGUCCUCACACCAGUAGAGAAUGCUAGAGCAGAGAGUAUCUCCAGUGAUGAAGAAGUUCACGAAUCUGUGGAUUCUGACAAUCAGCAAAAUAAAAAAGUGGAAGGGGGCUAUGAAUGUAAAUACUGUACUUUUCAAACUCCAGAUCUAAAUAUGUUUACUUUCCAUGUAGAUUCAGAACAUCCUAAUGUUGUACUGAAUUCAUCCUAUGUUUGUGUUGAAUGCAACUUUCUUACCAAAAGGUAUGAUGCACUUUCUGAGCAUAAUCUGAAAUACCACCCAGGAGAAGAAAAUUUCAAGCUGACUAUGGUGAAACGAAAUAACCAGACAAUCUUUGAACAAACAAUAAAUGAUCUGACUUUUGAUGGUAGUUUUGUUAAAGAGGAGAAUACAGAACAAGGAGAAUCCAUAGAUGUUUCUUCUUCGGGAAUCUCCAUCAGUAAAACUCCCAUCAUGAAAAUGAUGAAAAAUAAGGUAGAAAACAAACGGAUUACAGUCCACCAUAACUCAGCCGAGGACACUCCCGAAGAGAAAGAGAAUGGAGUAAAAGUAAGCCGGGAAGAAAAUGUAGAAAGUGCGAGUUCUUCAGCCUCAGAAUCCAAUACAAGUACUUCCACCAUUAGCAGAGUGCACCCCAAUCCUGGCAGCACAGUAGUGACGCCCUCAGCUGUUCUUCCUGGAUUAGCCCAGGUCAUCACUGCAGUGUCUGCUCAGCAGAACUCCAACUUGGUCCCUAAAGUCUUAAUCCCUGUUAACAGCAUUCCUACCUACAAUGCUGCCUUGGAUAACAAUCCCCUUCUACUCAGUACCUACAACAAAUUCCCUUAUCCUACAAUGUCAGAAAUUACAGUUCUUUCUGCUCAAGCAAAAUAUACAGAGGAACAGAUCAAGAUCUGGUUUUCAGCCCAACGUUUAAAGCAUGGUGUUAGUUGGACUCCUGAAGAAGUGGAGGAGGCAAGGAGGAAACAAUUCAAUGGAACAGUACAUACUGUACCUCAGACCAUAACUGUAAUUCCUACACACAUUUCCACGGGGAAUAAUGGGUUACCGUCUAUUUUACAGACAUGCCAAAUAGUUGGUCAGCCAGGUCUGGUCCUUACCCAAGUAGCUGGAACAAACACCUUGCCAGUAACAGCACCUAUUGCCCUGACAGUGGCAGGUGUUCCAAAUCAAACAAAUGUACAGAAGAGCCAAGUACCUGCUGCUCAGCCUGCUACAGAGACAAAAGCAGCCACAGCGGCAGUUCCAUCAUCGCCAAGUGUCAGACCUGAAGCUGCACUAGUGAACCCAGAUUCAUUUGGUAUUCGGGCCAAAAAGACGAAAGAACAGCUGGCAGAACUGAAAGUUAGCUAUCUUAAAAACCAGUUUCCCCACGACUCAGAAAUCAUCAGGCUUAUGAAAAUCACAGGCCUUACCAAAGGCGAGAUUAAAAAGUGGUUUAGUGAUACGAGGUACAACCAGAGAAAUUCAAAGAGUAAUCAGUGCUUACAUCUCAGUAAUGACUCCUCUGCCACUAUCAUCAUAGACUCCAGCGAUGAAACCCCAGAGCCCCCAGCCGCAGUCACUUCACAGCAGAAACAAUCCUGGAACGCCUUUCCCGACUUUGCUCCCCAGAAGUUUAAAGAGAAAACCGCAGAGCAACUUCGUGUCCUUCAGGCAAGUUUUCUCAACAGUUCUGUGCUUACGGAUGAAGAAUUAAAUAGGUUAAGAGCACAAACCAAACUUACUAGACGAGAAAUUGAUGCUUGGUUUACAGAGAAGAAUAAAACAAAAGCUUUAAAGGAGGAGAAAAAAGAAAUAGAUGAAAGUAAUGUCGGUAGUUCCAAAGAAGAACCUGGAGAAAGUUCUCCUGGAGAUGAAGCAGUUGCACCUAAGUCAGGAGGUACAGGCAAGGUAUGUAAGAAAACCCCGGAGCAGCUGCACAUGCUUAAAAGUGCAUUUGUCCGAACCCAGUGGCCAUCAGCAGAAGAGUAUGACAAAUUGGCUGAAGAAAGUGGCCUUGCCAGAACAGACAUAGUUAGUUGGUUUGGGGACACCCGUUAUGCUUGGAAGAAUGGAAACUUAAAAUGGUACUACUACUAUCAAAGCUCCAAUUCAAGUAGUUUGAAUGGUCUGUCUUCCCUUAGGAAAAGAGGGAGAGGCAGGCCGAAAGGACGGGGCAGAGGCAGACCACGUGGGAGGCCUAGAGGAGGCAAAAGAAUGAACACCUGGGACAGGGUACCAUCACUCAUAAAGUUUAAAACUGGAACGGCAAUACUUAAGGAUUAUUACCUGAAGCACAAAUUUCUUAAUGAGCAAGACCUUGAUGAACUUGUCAACAGAUCACACAUGGGCUAUGAGCAGGUCAGAGAGUGGUUUGCAGAAAGACAGAGAAGAUCUGAGUUAGGUAUAGAAUUAUUUGAGGAAAAUGAAGAGGAAGAUGAAGUUAUUGAUGAUCAGGAAGAAGAUGAAGAAGAAACAGAUGAUAGUGACACUUGGGAACCCCCACGACAUGUGAAACGGAAGCUUUCUAAAUCGGAUGACUGAAAUCUACUUAAAAUUCUGAAGGAGAAUAAGUUCUUCAACUCAAGAUGUCUGAAUUACUGUGAAUGGGCCCAAUCCUUGAUGACACUGAAAAUGCUUUGGGCAUACAUACUCUCAAAACCGGAUCCAAUGUCCAAAAGAAAUGGAACUUGAUGUUGUGCCAAAGUCAACCUGCUGCAGUUGGGGGAAGUUCUGCAAUGUAAAUAGAGCUAAUUAAAAACAACUUGUAAAAAGUGAAACUUUAAUACAGUACAUUUUUAUUCUGGUAGGAUGGAAACUUUGUGAAUCUUUGACUUUCUAAGGGGUUAAUGACCACUAGAGCUUGUCCUCAAUCACUUUCAGGCCAGCCUACAGCUGUGUAAGGUAAGGCCGCAUUGCCUGUUUUCUUUGACAUGUGAAUAAGCUUCCAGCUUUGAGUGACCAAACAGUUUUCAGAGUAAAAGUUCUUAGAAAUGGGAGGGGAACCAAACCCUAAUUUACUUCUGUGUCUUAUUUAUCAGGUCCUACACCAAAAUUAAAAGUGUACAUGGGCUUACACAGUUUGUAGUGUAAAAGCAGCCUGUAUGUAUUAUGUUGGAACAGGAAGACUUGCUGGCCUUCAUGACUGGACCCUCCACUAAACACUCAGAUAAACCACUGUUGCCACUGCAGUCCUGUGUGACUGCUCUUUGUCAGAAUCUGCCUGAAGAUACUACCCCACAGGGAAAAAGAAUUUACUGGGGAGAAACUCCAAACAUUGUUCCAAACAUGUGGAACAGUCCCACAGUAAAUACAUGCAGUGCGUUCUCACAGGCAUGGGGAUCAAAUGGGGAGAAACUCCAAAUACUGUUCCAAACAUGUGGAACAGUCCCACAGGAAAUACAUGCAGUGUGUUCUCACAGGCGUUGGAAUCAGGAACAUCAGACAGACUCAGGUCAGAUUCUGCAAGGUUAUCUUUUCAUGGAAUUCUACCUUGUGUAACAGUUCCAGUGAACAGAGAAAAAUAAUUCUGAGCUGAUCCUAAUGAGUUAAAAAUGAGCUUUUUAUGUAAGAAUCGGAGGCAGGGGGUGUUAACAGUGACUGCUGUAUACAAGACGGGGCUCCUACUGACUUGUGAUUAAAGACUGGUGCUGCCAUUCGUGUUGGAAAGGACCCUUUCUUUUGUAAUCAUAGGACCACUUUUCAAAAUGUGCUUUCCUCACAGAACAAAUUUUCAGUUUAAUUAGAUUUGGACUUUAAAAUUUUUUUUCAAUGAUCAUGUGUAGUAGGUUUGGCCAGUUUGUUUUCUAAUUUAAUGAAUAAUAAAUACUAAGCUCUUGGUUAAAUGUUCAUCAGUUAAUGAAACUGUUAUGAAAAAGCCUUGAAUAUGCAUGCUGCUUUCAUUUUUAUAAGCUUUUUAUUUUUUAACUAUAGCUUUAUUAGCAAUUCCCAAAUGCUGCAAUUUGCUGAUUUCUUCACUCAGACAGCUGGCUUUGUGGGUGGCUUUUUUCAUACUACUGUUAACUUUUUUAAAAAAGUGAUGUAAAGACUGUAACAAUUGAAUGCACUAAGCUGUUUUUCUUUUACAUAUCUAAAAUCUUCUUUAAAUACUCUGUAUUAUAAUGAUUAAAUUGCUCCCUUUUUAAAACCAUU